AGUCCGGUGAGCGCCGAAGAGGACGAGUGAAGGACAAGCGGGGUCGAUCAUCAUCGUAUCAUCGAGUGACUCCGCGAAGACUAUCAUCGGUGACGAUGACCAUGACGUCAUGCGCAGGAAGCUCAGCGGAGUUGUGAGCCGCUGAAGAGCAGUCUCCUCGCCGACCAGGGACUCCAGGCCCCUCUUAAAUGUGGGUUCUCGUGAAUUACUUCAACAAAUACUUCAUCGUGUUCCCAGUCAGCAUAAACGUACUCCUCAAGAUCAUUUAAUGAUCCUCGCUAACCCUCGCUAACUCGUCUCGUCUUCUAGUCCUCGUCCGCCGAUAAUUCUAAGUCUCGCACCCGCAUCGGGCUCUCCGUUUCGUCACCUCAAUUCUCGUCUUGAGUGCCGAAGAAGCUGUGAUGGUUCACACGACCGCUGGCCGGGGCAUGGGCGAAUCACAACUCCAAACCCAGCUCGAGCAAUGCUACAACCAACUCCAGCGCACUGACUACACCUCGUCGUCCAGCGACUCGGACGACGCUGAGAUCGCCCUCUUCCCCCUCAACAACCAGGUUGGUGGCCAUACAAGAAUGUUACUGCUAGAUCAGUCCACCAUUUGUAAACCGCUGAACCCUCGGGAACUGGACUUCUACCAAAACAUCCCCAAUGAUGUUGAAACUUUCGUUCCAAAAUAUAAAGGAGUUAUUCAAGCAAUCAAUAGUGGAGACAUCAAAUUAGAAAAACGCUACAGCCCAAGUUUCCGCAAUGAGUCCAAUCGUUCAGUGAAGCGUAAACGUGAUGACGUUUUAAGGAUGAGAGUGCACAGGAACGGCGCGUCCAACAAACUCUCAAAGCCGUUGAACACUCUGCAUCUUGAUACUUCCAACAAACAAUAUUUUCUACUUUUAGAGAAUAUAACCUCGAAAUUCCGAAGCCCGUGUAUUUUAGAUCUGAAAAUGGGAACGAGACAACAUGGUGAUGAUGCCUCAGCAGAAAAAAAAAGUAGACACAUGGCAAAAUGCGCCGCCUCAACUAGUGCCUCUCUAGGUGUUCGUCUCUGCGGCAUGCAGGUAUAUCAAGCAAAUACUAAUCAGUUUGAGAAACGUGACAAAUACUGGGGCCGAGAACUCAAUGAAGAAGGCUUCAAGGCUGCUCUGUAUUGCUUCUUUCACAACGGCUUUAUCCUACGAAAGAACGUUAUGGUCAAAGUAAUCGCUCAGUUGGAGAAGCUCCGAAGCGUCAUCGAAAAGCAGACAAGUUACAGGUUCUAUUCAUGUUCACUAUUGAUUGUGUACGAAGGGUGUAUGGAAAAUUUAGCAAAACCAAGUCUGCUCCGCAAUGAAACUAGUGAUGAAGGCACUCGUGAGUCAGAGGUGGAUGAUGACAGCUCCCCUGUAAGGAUAGACCUUGAGAAAGAAGUCAGUUCCGAUCUUGAAUCCUCAACCAAUUUUAUCCCGAUUUCAGAAGAAACAAUGGACGCCACUUCUUUAACAAGUUCAAACUCUGCAGAUAAUUGGGGCGGAAGCUGCUCACCAAUUUCACCCAUGAUUGGAGAGUGUUCCUCAUCAGAUGAUUUAUCAAGCUCAUCAAUGUCUACUUUCCAGCUGCUAACAAGUCAGACAAAUUAUCUUCGAAGAGGCCCUACACAGGACAGUGAAAUGCUGCCACCAUCUGUAUCAGUGCCUAAACUGCAGAAAUUGAAUCCUAAUUGCAAUAACAACAAGGUUGUCAGUCAUUCAAAUCUAUCCUCCAGUCUUGUGGAAGAUCCAUUAGUCGAUGUGAGAAUAAUAGAUUUUGCGCACACCACCUUUAAUAACUCCAAAAGGAGCAACUCAUCAACAAUUCAUCAAGGACCUGACUAUGGCUUCAUUACCGGUGUUGACAGUCUCAGAAGAUUACUCCUUGAAAUUUUAGCUGAAGCGUAGAUUUUACUUCAAUUUCUCCAAACCUUGGAGGUUUCAUCUCUUAUUUGGACGGCUGUGAGUCAGACAGAACUAUCCGCUUAUUAUGUUUGAGCAUGAUUUCCUGUGUCAUAUUUUUACAAUGAAAACUACAAAAUAUUUUCUUGAAAUUUUCUCAGAGUUUCUCAAGUCAUGUAUAAAGUAUCACUCAAAAUUUCAAGUAAUGAUGAGGGUAAGUUUUCUUGUGGAAGAAUUGGCUGCAGGAAAAAAUUAUGAAACGUUAAAUGCAGAUAGCUUUACUUGACUGAGCACCAUCCAUAUGUAUCCCACAGGGGAUUAAGUCAGAAUUCCCUCUUUUCAUUAAUUUUUAUUGAUGAAUUUCCUGUUUUUUUUUUUUUUUUUUUUAAUGCUGUCAGCUUCUUCUUUGACAGAAUGCCAUCAUAUUUUAUUUUCAUUAUAAUUUCCAGAGGUAAAAAUGCUCCAAAUAUAGGGCAUUGGAAGAGAAGGAGGUUAAGGUCCAAAGUUUCAAGGGGAAAAUAGAGAAAUUAAAAAUUAAAAGAAUUACAUUCACAUUGUUUAAAGUUCAAAGUUCAAUGAUGAAUAAUAAAUUUUGGAAUUUUAAAUUCCAGACUUCAAAGAGUAGAACGUCUUUAUGAAGUCAAAUUUUGCAAUAGACCUUCACAUAUCUCUUAAAAUUAAUUUGGAAAAACAAUAAAGUAUGAAGGAAGACAGUCUGAAUUUCAUCUUGUUAUCUUUCCUAAUGUCUAUAUUUGCUUCCUUCCCCUAGAAAUAUGGUCAUCAUCCAUUUCCUUUUAUGUAAACUUAUUGAUGCAGAUGAAGAAUUGUGUCUUAUUUCGUAAUUUCGGAACCUUUCCAAGAAACCAUCCGACAAAAUUUAAACGAAGCCUUCAUGCUGCUCCCCCACAUUAAAGUAUUUAAACAGAACUUCCUCUAUUUUUAUGAAUUAUGACACUUUCCCUUUUCCCCUUAUGGUCUGCUUUAUUUGUAUCGUCCUGUGGUAUGGUCAGAUUGCAAUAUAAUAUUUUUUAUGAAUCCUAUUCCAAUGCCAAAUGAUAUAGUUUUAGGUACUUUGUAAUAACUCUUUUAUUUUGUUAUUUUUACUGUAAUUUCUAACCCAGAGUUGGCAUGAAUCUUUGAUGAAAAAAAAAAACAAACAAACAAAAGCUGUUCGAUAAAGAUCCUGCACUCAGUCUUCUAGUUUCCAGUGAUUUCAAAUUAGCUGUAAACUAGAUGUAGUUGUUAAGCUAAGAGUAGCGGUUGCUAUCAAAAACCGAAGUGAAGCUACGAAGUCAUUCCGUAACAACAUACUCUAAAUGUUAGUGAAAGCUUUUUGUGUUUCAAGAUCAUAGCUUCAGGCCUUCGGUGGUCUAGGCAGUCCUAUUUCUGGAGGUAGAAAGUUAAGUUGAUUGCUUGAAAGAGAAACUUCAAGUUGAAAUAUCUGUUGCGGUAUCAACUUACCUAUUUUUUGUACCUGAUGUGAUGAGGUUUGAUGAUUUUUCUUAGACGACGAUCAUUUCAAGCUAACUUAGCUCAUCUUCAGGUUGAAAACUAUUUGCAAUCGCACGCGAUACUUGUAAAAAACGGGAAAAAAGGACUGAAGAAACAUAUUUGUGUAACAGUCUUCAAGAUUUCACCUAGAAUUCCAUGAAUGUCUCCAUCAUGAUGAGUCAGGUGUUUGUGAAAGAUGUCGUCCAGCCCAGUAACAAGUGCUAAGUGUGUUCCUAGGCAAUAUUAAUGCUACCUAUGGGUCUACCAUUGAACCAAUUAUGAAAUACUCAUUAACGGUGCAAUAAAGAAGGAGCAUUAGUCUUGCCACAAUAUCUGAUAAUUUUGAUGGACCUUUGUGCAAUUAUGUAGAGAGUUUUUUGGGCGCUGGCUGAUGUGUCUAAAAGAAUUGCAAAAAUGAAAGAACAUUUCAAGAAAAAUCUUCAAGCUAUCAGGAGUCUAGGAAAUAUAAUCAGAGGUAAUAAUAGAUACAUAUGCUCUAUGCAUUUUUCAGAUUGAGGUAGCUUUUUCAGGGGUCCAAGGACUCAACGGAAUUAAUUCCUCUGAAAAAAGACUGCUUUUAAAAUUAGAAUCAUUACUUGCUUGUUUGAACAUCUUUUGUUGUCAGUUUAUAGGAUGGCUGGCUCAUUGUGAUCAGUUUAAAAUUGCCAGGGAAAAUGUAAACUGAUGUACUGCAUUAGGUGCAAAGACAAGACAUCUGUUGUAUUUGUGAUCUUGCCUUACGGAAGCAUACCUUGACUUGCCAAGGUAAUUUUAUGAUCAAUUUUCCUGAACUGGCUUGAAGUUAUCCCAUAAGUAACUACCAGCUGCACAAAAUCAUUGAGAUACAUGUGCAGUCAAUUUCAAUUUUAUUUCAUUUUGCCUGGAAAAAUUCCAGCUUUUGGAUUCUCAUUUCCCAGGCUUGACAAGCCUCAAAAUUGCCAGAAUAGAGACAUACCUCUAUAGAGACGGUGGUCUUAAAAAAAAAAUUCUGGUAAAAAUACUGCAAAAGGGUUAUGUGUAUCACUUCCUCUCUAUGUAAAAUACCUAUGAGCACUUCCAUUAGGUAAGUAUCUCCUCAUCUCUCCAUCUCUUUUGAGAUCAACAAAAUUUGAGGACCCUCUCCUCCCCAAACAAUCAUCUCUUCUUCUUUGUGUGUGUUCAAAUUCAAUAGUUUUGUGUGUCUUCAAAUUCAAUACUUUUGCUUGGCAAGAUGAGGUUCGUUUUCCGAUGGCUCAAAAUUUUUAUUUGUUUCCACCGUGACGGAUUUGAUUUAAAUUCAAGUUAUCAUUGCUUUUUUUCUCUCUCUCUUUUUAAUUUUUGAUCUUGUUUUUGCUUGGUAAACUCAAUGUAAUUUAUCGCCAUUCCUUCCUUUUCCUUUACCUCUAGUUUAAACUCAAAGUUUCCCAUAUGUCUCCUUGUUUCUGUAUGAAUCCAACCACUCAAUGUGGAAACUGAUUUCAAGUAGCAAUGUUCCUAUAACUAGAGGCAACUAAUUUGUUAUUUUGAACUGCUGUUUAGUUAAAUGUUUGAAAAAAAUGUCGGUGAAUCAUUGUUAGUUUUUAUAUCUGGUAGCAAUUUUUUAUGCAGAUAUUUGCGUAAACUAUAUGUCUGUUCCUCUCUCAUUUAUUUUUUAUUUAUUAUUAUUAUUAUUUUACUGUUUCCCAUCCGACCAGUUUCAUUUAUUUAAUGCAUCUAUUUAAUCAUCAAGAUAUAUUUUACUUUUUUUAAAUAUCUAUUGUACGUUCAACCAAGACAAUUGUCCUCUCCCCCCCCCCUCUUGUUUCUAAAUCAAAAUUUCUUAUAAAACUUUAUAUCCAUCCAAAAAUUUUGCCCCAGCAAGCAAAUAAAAUUUGAAACAAAGUGACCUUAAAAAAGUCAAAAAUCUACCUCUCAAAGAUAAUCUGAAUUUGUGAGCUUUCUAUCAUUGCCAGCAAGAUCUUGUCAAUGCUUCAAGUUUUUUUUGUUCUUUUUUUUUCUUGCCGAUGUAUCAUUUUUCUCAUGUUUUUUUUAAUAAACGUGUCAAAAAAUUGAAAGCUUCACUAAAAUUUUAGAUUAACAAAGUGUGUAACCCCCCCCCCCUCGAAUUUUCCUCUUUCCAAGAAUAAAGAAGCUAACUUUGACAAGAGGUUACAGUAGUUUUGUUUUGGAUGGAAGGUUUAUUUUCAAGUUAUUUAAUCCUCCAAAGUAAUGGGAUGUUUGUUCAAACAUUCUUGACCAUUCUGGAAAGAAACAAGAGAGGGAAAAAUCAAAAGUUUAUAACUAAUAUUUCAUAUGAUCCUUUAUUUCAUGCAUCUUCCCUCUAAUGUUACUUGCCUCCCCUCGUUCAUUUUUUCCUUUAAAUAUAUCUGCAAUUUGUUCCAAUCAAAGUGCAUAAAUUAUUUUGAAAUGUAUAUUUAAUGAAUUUCAUAGAUUCAUUCUGAAUCAACCUGCAAUCUUGUAUUCUGCCUAACGAUAAUGAUCUUUGAAUUAAUCAGCACACAUCACUUAAAUUGCAAUUUAUUUUUGAAAUUUAUUUGAAUGGUUCAUGUAAGUUUUCUAUGUUUCUUCCCAGCUGUUUAUUUUUGUGUCAUCAUUGUCCAUCUUAGCCUGUCAAGUUUUCCUCUGCUGUCUGUAAAAGUCGUUAGAAAGUUUGACUGCCUAUGUUCGAAAAUGCGUGCCUCAUUGAAGUAGGCUCACCGCUGAAUGAUGAGCUAAACCUAGUUUCCAAUGGACGCAGCAGCGUUCGUUCACUACAACAGCUUUUGAACUUGGUUUGGUUUUAUAUGAUCAUUCCAUAUGCACUCAAGGUUUGGAUGCAUUGGUACGGAUACCAACUAAUGCGAUGCAGACACGAAAUUAGAAGAAUUUUCAACAGAUUGCAAAACUAUGCGUUGCAUCAAAUGUGAGCCAUCUUGACCAUUAGAAACCAGCCUUUAGAAUUCUAGUUAGACUUUUGUAAUGUAUUUUGAAUUAGCUUCAAAACAUGAGCGUAGGUUUCUCAUGAGUACCUGCCCAUCAUUUAUCUCGAAAUCUCCCUCUAUUUUCCACGCUGAGAGGAUGAGGUUUCAAUUUUUUUUAUAAUGUACAUAUAUAUUUUUCUUCUUUGAAGAAAAAUUGGAAUUCUCAUUCUCUUUUCCUACCUCACAAAAUGCAGGUUUGGUAGAGUAAAAAAUAUAAAAGCCCUAAAGCAGGACUCAUUGAGCUGCGCCUCCAAAAAAUUGUAUGAUUUUCUUGGCUGCAAAGCAUGUAUUUAUGUAAUUUUCGUGAACAAUUUUGUGAUAUUUGUGGGUUUUUUUACAGUGUAUAUCUUUUUCGUAUUAUUUGAAAUCUUCUAAUUCGUACCUUCAUGUUCUCUGCUUUUUAGAAUAAGCCUUAAUUUUAGACUCUUUCUUUUCUGAAUUUUCUCAGAAAAUCAAGAAAGGACUGUAUAAGCUGUUCAGCAUUUAACACUCUUCCUUGACGUUUCUUUCCAUUGAAAUCUCUUGUCAUUAAUUUUAGCUCAGCAAAAUUUUAAAAAUUACUCAUUGCUUUCCUCAAUUUUAAUUUCAAAGACUGAGUUCUGGAAAGUUCAAGAUCUUACCUUCUCAAUAUGCUUGAUGUCCAAAAUGAAAUCUCGCAACAAAGAAGAAUACUUUUUUAUUGGUUUUUUGUUUAAAAGUUUUCCUCAGAAUAUACAUUAGGCCUCUAGUCUAUUUUUUCAGGUGUUAAGGAUUGAAUUGUUCAUGCGUAGUAUCAUUUUAAUAGAAUCGUUGAAAAGUCUACACUUUUAAAAUACUGAGCACAUAGGAAAAUCAGCUAUACCGAACUUGAGAUAUUUAAUUAUAUUAAAAUACUGCUGCCCAAAUUUCUCUUCUUACAAGCAGUCUCCCAUAAAUUUUAUCCUCCGCAGUUUAGUCAUUCCAAUAACUAGGUAUCGAAUGGAAACUUUACCUGAGCGAUUCAGUUUUUCAAAAAAAUUUACUGUUCUUAAAUUCCAGUUUACUCAUCAGCUGAAGUUUUCUCUCGAAGCUCUCCUCUCAUUACGGAGGAGACUGCAAAUUUAGUUGUUAUAAAUUUUUUUUUAAAAAACCACAAGUUGCAGACGUUCGAUCUGAAGGUCUUAAAUUUACCAUUAGAAUUAACAGACAAGUAUUGUAGCUCAACCAUCAUUGAUAGAAGAUUCCAGAGUUCAAUUCCACUCAAUGGUCUGAUUUAUCUGAACUCCAACCAAUUUUGUACUCGAAAUAAGAAACUGUGACCCAGUGCAGCUAAAAGUCGUACAAUCGUCCAUUUUAUUUUUUUUUGAGGAGUUGCUUCUGGUGGCAAUUGUAUUUCCUGCUUUCUCUCUCUCUUAUAGAUUCUCGAUGUUUUUAUUCAUAAAAUUGAUUUAAUGGCUGAAUUUGAGAAUGUUGCAUUAUGGUGGUAGCCUGUUAUUUUGAUGUAAUCACACGAGGCACUUCUGUGACUCCUGUUAUCAUCGAAUAGGCUAAAGUUGCCACGGUCAUAAUUGAACUCCUUUUUAUUGAUUUUUUUUUGGUCAUUGUAACUGUUGCGAUCCCCCAUAGUAUUUUGCCCUAUUCGUAGUAUGAUUUCAUCGACAGAUUUUAUCUCUGUUAAUUUUUACAGAUAUUUAAACACGUUGAGCAUUUACCCUUCAUUUUGUCAAGUGUAUGUUGUUACAUCUUUCAAAAUAAUUGUUAAUCCUGUAGUUUAAGGUAAGGUUUAGUUUUAAGGAAAAGUGUACUACUUAUUGAUUUCUAUUUUUCCCCUCCUGUUUUUCUAAUAAAAAGUUUCAUUCAAAUUU